UCUCAGUCAACGAAAUUACGAGGAAAAGUUACGAGGAAUUCGCAUCUCUAGGCUCCAAAAUACCUUCUCCAUUCACGCCUCUAGACAGAAACCGGUGGAGGUUUCGGUAAACCCCAUCAAUUUGGUCAUUCAUCCAAUUUCUCCACUUCAUACUGCGGUUUUCUGGGGCUGUGGUCGUUUUACGGUGUCUCAGUCGCAGAUUUAGGAGCGCCAGCAAUAGAGGAAGCAAAGGCAUAAGCAGGAGGGGGAAAGAGAAGAGAAAUUGGUCAUCGGAUAAACAACUUCGAAACAUAGAUCUCAUUGACAAACAGUGGAUUUGGAAGUUGGGGCCCAGCUGGAUCCGAGUGUGGGCAAUGUGGCAAGCAUUGCCCACGGAUGGAUUGUGGAAUAUGAAUAAAGCUUUGGGGUGGGGAUUUUAGGCAGAUUGAAUGACCUGAUAACCGUGGACAGGAGUAAAUUGUUUGAGAAUUGGUGCCGAUUCGAAUCGCUGGAAAUGAAGUGAGGCAGGGAAGGAGAAGGGAUUUCAGAGAAGGUGAGGAGUAGAAGGUAGAGAUCAUGGCCAGCCUUUCAGAUUUUCAGUUUCUGAGAGGCUGUAGAAUGACGUUCGCUGUAGUUGUGCUGGCGCUGCUGGUGUUGGCGAUGGUUGCUGAAGGAAGCACCCAUCAGUCGAAGAAUGUGAACGUAGCAGUGCGUGCAAAGUGGACUGGUACUUCUCUUCUGCUGGAGGCGAGUGAGCUCGUGGCGAAAGAAGGAGAUCCACAGUUUUGGAGGUUCGUUGAAGGAUGGAUGAGGGACGCUGAACCUGCUGAACUUUCGGAUGAGGAAUGCGUCCAUAAAAUUGUGAAGGAAGGAACCGAAAUCGUGGGAAGUUCAUUGGCACCUCUCUUCCAAUUUUCUUUGUCACUACGUUCUGCCUCUCCCAAGAUUGUUCUGUAUCGCCAGCUUGCUCAACAAUCAAUUUCAGAACAUUUCUCGAUGAGGGCGAAUACGAACAACGAUGGUCUUGACAAAGUGGAUCAGUGGUCUGUCAGUGAGAAUCCAAUAGCACCCGAGGGUCAAUGCUGUUGGGUUGAAGUAGGUUCUCACGUUCUUCUGGGAGAAUCUGAGCUUAAAAAAUGGUUACAAUUUACCCAGGACCGGUCUCAUGCUGAAGAAGACGAAGUUGAGGUGUAUGAUUUUGAUCACGUUUAUCCAGGGUCUGAAGGUGGGCUCUUUGUGGCCAUUCUCUACGGUGCACUCGGAACGUCUUGUUUUAGGACCUCUCACUCUCUGCUCAGUGAGUCUUCGAAAAUGGGCCAUGUGAAAUACAUCUAUCGACCAGUUCUUCCGUCUAAUUGUGCAUCGUCAGUCGAAAGCUGCGCACAAGUUGGAGCAGGCAGUACACUUUAUCUAGGUGGUUAUGGAGUGGAACUAGCGCUUAAAAAUAUGGAGUACAAAGCCAUUGAUGACAGUGAAGAAAAGAAAGGUGAUGAUUCAGAUAAUUCUCAAGCGCAAGCAGAGGAUCUUAGUCAGGAGGAACGAAAAGUAGAAGAAGAUGGAGAAGUUAUGACCUUCAGAGAUAAUUUACUUUCUUCAGAAAUUGUCGACAAAAUCAAUGUCGGGGAACUGAAAGAUUUGGGUUAUUUGACUGUUCAGCGGAUUAUCCACUCUUCUGAACCUUUACGCUUGAUGCAAGAAAUCAAUCAGAACUUUCCAAAGUUGGUGUCUUCUCUUUGUCGCAUGCAGUUGAAUGAUACUGUCAAAGAGGAAAUAGCGAACAAUCAACGAAGGGUCCCCCCCGGAAAGAAUUUGUUUGCGAUUAAUGGCGCUCUCGUGAAUCCUGAUACGCUUGAUAUUUUCUCGUUGUUGGAGCUCGUCGAAGGGGAGUUGUCAGUUGCUGGGAAGAUAGACCAAGUGAAGGUCCCUCCCAAUUACAUCAGGAAACUUCUGCGAUUAACUGAUCCUCGGGAAUCAAGUGCUUUUCGAUUGGACUUCCGUUCUGAGCACGUCCACUAUAUGAAUAAUAUAGAGGAGGAUUCUAUGUACAAGCGCUGGCGUCCCAACUUAAAUGAGAUACUAAUGCCAGCAUACCCAGGACAAAUGCGCUACAUUAGGAAGAACUUGUACCACGCCGUGUACAUCAUUGAUCCAGCCCUGCCCGUUGAGCUGAAGCUGUUGGAAACGAUGACGUAUUACGUUCAGAACAGUGUACCUAUGCGAUUUGGUGUCAUUUUCAUGUCAUCGAAGAAAAUAAAAGCGAUUGAGUCUCAUGGUGGUGACAUAGCUGCUACUCUGGAAACAACCGGAGAAGAGGACGUCUCUGAAUUGAUCAUUCGUCUUUUCCAUUAUUUCAAGGAGAAUAUGGACUUACAAACCGCAUUUGGGUUUCUCAACCUGGUCAAUGAAGAAUUAGAUGGAAGUGGAGAAGUAGACGAAGAACCUUUUCAAGCUUCAGUGGCAGAAAAUAUUUUCCUUGACAUUUUGAGAGAGAAGGGAAAAUCCACUGGUCCAACCAUUUUACAGAACUUAAAAGAAGGAAAUGAAUUCAAAGAGAAGGCGCUAGAAAGCUCCGCAUUUGCAUACAGAUUAGGCCUUUCUCCAAUGCAUCCUUGCAUGUUGAUGAACGGUUUGUUUUACGGACCAAGCCAGGUGCAAAAUGCCGCGAUCGCAGCUAUGAAUGAGGAAAUGCCAAGAAUUCAAGAAGCGGUAUACUACGGACGGAUUAAUGCUCGAACCGACGUUCUGGAUAAAAUGCUCUCCGAGGGUGGUCAGCCUCGGUAUAAUCCUCAGAUUGUCAGUUCAAGGAGAGAUGAUCGUCGUUAUGUUUCGCUCUCUUCGCCUGUUGCUGAAGAAGAUAAGGUUUUGACACGACUGCAAUAUCUGCAUCACCCCGGAAGCGAAGAUGAUUUGAAACCUUUAACCCACUGGAUAUGCGUCGACCUGACUCAAAAGAGUGGUAUCCAUCUCCUUCAACAGGGACUCCGCUACCUUAUGGAAGGAGCCGAGAAGGGAAGAAUUGGAGUCUUACAUAAUUUGGAAAGCCGUGAUUUCUCCGGUUCAUAUUCUUUGUUGAUUCAAGUCGUUACUACCGUGGCGAACAGUCCCAGUCGACGGGCGAAGGUGGUGCCCUUUUUGCAGAAAUUGCUCGGAAAUGAAGAAUUUAUUGGUGCUAGCCUCGGGGACUCUGAUGCAACCUUGGAAAAGAAGUACGUCAAAUUGGUUCUGGAUUUAGCUGACGAAAUGGGGCUUAAAAGAGAUUAUCUAGAAGAUGCUCUUCUGGAGCCUGUACGCAAACAAGCCGUUCUCGAGCAAAUUCAUGAGGAACGGGUUUUCGUGGCUCGAGCUGUGGGUCUGAAAGCGGGCGCGAUGGCAGUGGUCACAAAUGGAAGGGUUUAUGAUCAACAAGAAGGUAGUCACUUCGUGGCUGAGGACUUCGCUCUUCUUGACUCUGUCGAAUAUGAACGUCGAAUAAAACCUGUUGAAGAAAUCAUUCAGGAAAUUGAAUGGACGAAUGUUGAGCCCGAUGAACUGACGAGUGAAUUCCUGAGUACCAAAAUCAUGGCCGUGUCAUCUUCCAUGGCAUCUCGCUCACGCGGAGGCGAUUCAGCUAACUUUGAAAUGCUGAGAGCUGAACACAGUGCUAUCGUUCGAGAGGUAGAUGGUGCGUACAUUCACGUGGACGCUGUGAUUGAUCCACUGAGUGUCACUGGCCAAAAGUUAACUCCCCUACUAGUCCUGCUUGAGGACUGGCUGAAGCCCAGUUUCCGAAUUGUGUUUAACCCGAUGAACGCAAUAACUGAUCUACCCUUGAAGAACUUCUACCGAUACGUAGUUCCCUCAAAGAAUGUAUUCAGCUCAGAUGGAGUUCUUUCUCCAGGUCCUGUUGGGGUCUUUACCAACUUGCCGCCUUCUCGCACGCUAACAAUGAACCUCGACGUUCCAGAAUCGUGGUUGGUCGAGCCAGUGGUAGCAGUCCAUGAUCUCGACAACAUUGUGUUGGAAAAGCUUAAGAACGAACGCACCAUGUCUGCUGUCUACGAACUGGAAGCUCUGGUUGCAACUGGACACUGCUACGAGAAAGAUGGCGACCCACCACGUGGUCUUCAAUUGCUCUUGGGAACAAAACUUCAUUCGCAUCUAGUGGACACAAUUGUCAUGGCCAACUUAGGAUACUGGCAGAUGAAGGCAGCACCUGGUGUCUGGACCCUUCAACUUGCCCCCGGCCGCUCAACAGAACUUUACACGCUGGAGGGUCCCGGCGAGGGCACAGACGCCGGCUUGAUAACAAAACGUGUAGUGGUACAAGACCUCAAAGGAAAGUUAGUGCGCUUUGAAGUCGUCAAGAGACACGGCAAAGAAGACCAGCAAAUGCUUGAAGUAAACGAUGCAGAGGAGGACUUCGAAGAGAUCAGUCCACGCAGACAGGAAAAGAAAAAGGAAGGCAAAGGAUUUUUGAAGUGGGCAUCUGACUUUCUAGUUGGAGGGGGCCAUUCCGGAGAAAACCGCAAUGUGCUCAAUUCUGUUGCGGGAGGUGGGCAGUCACAACUUAGAAGAGGAGAGACCAUCAAUAUCUUCUCCAUUGCGUCAGGACAUCUGUAUGAGCGUUUCUUGAAAAUUAUGAUGCUCAGUGUCAUCAAGAACACAAAUCGACCUGUUAAGUUCUGGUUCAUAAAAAAUUACCUUUCUCCCCAAUUUAAGGAUGUGAUACCGCAUAUGGCCAAGGAGUACGGUUUUGAGUACGAUCUUGUCACCUAUAAAUGGCCUACGUGGCUCCACAAACAGACCGAGAAGCAACGCAUUAUUUGGGCAUACAAAAUUCUGUUUUUGGACGUCAUUUUUCCACUUUCUUUGAAAAAGGUUAUUUUUGUAGAUGCAGAUCAGAUUGUACGGACAGAUAUGGGUGAAUUAUAUGACAUGGAUAUCAAGGGCCGACCCCUUGCAUACACUCCUUUCUGUGACAACAACAGAGAAAUGGAUGGUUAUCGGUUCUGGAAUCAGGGUUUCUGGAAGGACCAUCUCCGAGGAAGACCCUAUCACAUCAGUGCUCUUUACGUGGUGGAUCUGGUGAAGUUCCGUCAAUCUGCUGCUGGAGAUAAUCUGCGUGUGUUUUAUGAGAGUUUGAGUAAGGAUCCCAACAGUCUCUCCAAUCUUGACCAGGAUCUACCAAACUACGCUCAGCACACUGUUCCGAUAUUUUCACUCCCGCAACAAUGGCUAUGGUGUGAAUCAUGGUGUGGAAAUGGCACCAAAGCCCAAGCUAAGACGAUUGAUCUAUGCAACAACCCGCAAACUAAAGAGCCAAAAUUGGAGGGUGCAAGACGGAUAGUUGCGGAGUGGCCUGCACUUGAUGAGGAAGCACGCCAGCUCACUGCAAGAAUUCUCGGUGGAAAAGUUACGCAACACGUCUCCGAUCAACAUAUCAAAAAGCAAGUGCCACAAAGUCUUGACAGCGGAGUAGUAGAAGAAGAGUCGAACUUUGUAGACUUGGAAUCGAAGUCAGAACUGUAGAUCGCGGUCAGUUACAAAUGACAAAAUUUUGCCUCAGAAAUCAUUUCGUCCCCUAGCUCUCUAAUUUUUGGAAAGCUCCUUCCGAAUCAUGAGUUGUCUGCUGUCAAACUUUUGGCUGGACUUUACGUCCAAUUGGAUGUGAAUGCACACACUAUCGGGCUGCUUUAUUCCACUGCAAUGUCGUCCUUCUUUUGCAGUCGGGCCUUGAACUGAAACCCUCGGGAAUUCACAUUUUCUCUGCGCAUGACUC